AUGGCAUCCAGGCUCGCAGGCGCCGCGCGCCCGAUGUCUACCGGUUAUGCUCCGCCGAGUGCUCUCGCGCUUGAUUCGCCUUCACCUUCCGACGAAGCUGCCCACUUUGAGGAGCGCAUCGCCUCUGUCGAGAAGUUCUUUGCUUUACCUCGCUUCUCCAAGACUCUGCGCCCCUAUACCGCUGCAGACGUCGCGUCAAAGCAAGGCUCACUGCCGCCUCUGCCUCUCCCAUCCUCACUACUCGCAGACAAGCUCUAUGCCACGUUCGAGCGAGCCGCCAAAGAGGGAAAGCCAGUGCACACUUUGGGCGCUGUCGAUCCCGUCCAGAUGACGCAGAUGGCGCGGUGGUUGGAAGUCUGCUACGUCUCGGGGUGGGCGUGCAGUUCGCUGCUUACGACGGCGAACAAUGAAGUAGGGCCGGACUUUGGAGAUUACCCCUACACUACCGUCCCGAACCAAGUACAGCGGCUCUUCCGCGCUCAGCAACUGCAUGACCGAAAGCAAUAUGAUGCGCGCCUGGUCGCAUCGCCAGAGGCGCGGGCGAAACUUCCCUAUACGGAUUAUCUGCGCCCCAUCAUAGCUGACGGCGAUACUGGACAUGGCGGUCUAUCCGCAGUAAUGAAGCUUACGAAGCUCUUCGCCGAGGCUGGUGCAGCAGGAAUCCACUUCGAGGACCAGCUUCACGGCGGAAAGAAGUGCGGGCACUUGGCUGGGAAGGUCAUUGUGCCCACCUCGACACACAUACAACGGUUCACGGCGGCCCGCUUCCAACUGGAUAUGCUCCAGAACACGAUGUUACUCAUCGCCCGGACUGAUGCCGAGAGUGGGAGACUGUUGACGUCAACUGUAGACCCGCGCGAUCAUCCGUUCGUCAAGGGUGUACCAACACGCAUGCCCGGUGGCGAGCGCCGUCUCGCCCUUGCAGACGUACUCGCCCGUGCAGAAGCGGCCGGGAAGACGGGCCCGGAGAUCGACGAGCUGGAGGCCGAGUGGUUAUCUGGUGUAGAAUUACUAACGUUCGACCAAGCCGUCGAGAAGGCCAUCCGCGAGUCGGAUAUUGUCCCUGACAAGGCCACUGUCUUCGCCCAAUAUAAGGAGGCUGUGGUAGGGAAGACGAUUGUGGAGGCCCGGGAGACCGCUCAACAGAUACUUGGCUCACCUGUGGAUUGGGACUGGGACCUCCCUCGUACAAGAGAGGGUUACUAUCACACUACUGGCGGAAACGGACACGCCCUCGCCCGCGCGAUCGAAUACGGCCCAUACGCAGACAUGCUCUGGCUCGAAACUGGCCGUCCGGAUCUCGAGCAGGCGCGCUCUUUCGCCCGUGCCAUUCGCGAGCGUCACCCCGGAAAGUGGCUCGUAUACAACCUCAGCCCAAGCUUCAACUGGGCGAAGGAGGGCUUCACGGAGCAGGAUAUGAAGGAUUUCAUCUGGGAACUGGCGAAAGAGGGCUUCGUGCUCCAACUUGUCAGUCUAGCGGGUCUUCACGUCAAUGCUGUAUCGAUGGCGGAACUUGCCCAGAGUUUCAGGACGGACGGCGUGCUGUCCUACGUGAAGCUUGUCCAAAACAAGGAACGCGAGAUUGGGUGCGACGUGCUCACCCACCAGAAAUGGAGCGGGGCCGAGUAUAUCGACCGCAUCUUAUCCACGGUUUCCUCCGGUUCGUCGAGCACUUCAGCCGUUGGCAAGGAUUCGACGGAGCACGGCUUCUAA